AUGACUUCAAGAUCGGGUCUCAAAAAUUCGGUUCAUGUUCAAUAUCAUCCCAACGUUCAGGUUCUUGUGUCAUUGGUUCAUCUACAACACAUUAGCAACACUCUUCGAAUGGCCAUCCAGCAAGUCACAACUGAGUUUGUCCACAUUAUGGAACACGAUUUUCCCUUUACCAGGGAGAUUGAUCACCAGCUACUGGUCAACGCCCUUCGAGAUGUCCCAGAACUACGGAUCAUUCGAUUCAGCAUGCGCCUGAAUGGUGCUCCACAAAAUCGAGUCGGAAUAGCUGGUUUAGCCGGUUGUGCCCACAACCUUACAUAUGAUGGCAUGUACUUUCACUUGGCUAUGUGGUCCAACAACAACCACUUUACCACCAGGGCAUACUACGAAUGGCUCCUAGAGGAGAUUGGUCCUGUCCCCCAUGCCCCCAAAGCCCCAAUAAUGACGCAUCAAACCAAGAACUGCACCUUGUAUGGGCAAUACAUGUAUGGGCCCCCAACUGAAGGAUGGCACUUGUAUCAUAUUGAUGGAAAGUCCGAAUCGUACAAACGGACUUUUAGGUUCAAUAAUCACAAGAGAUGCCCCAAAUCCACGGCCGACGUACCAUCGUCCGUGUUGCCAUGGGUCCGGUGUCCAAUAUAA